UAAUAGUAAUAAUAGUCGUUUUCUGGUAGUAUUCUUCUUCUUGUCGUUCAUACAGUAAUAUUAUUUUUUCAUAAUAAAGCUUGUGAAGUGGCCACAGUGUCACCUGCUCGGCUGGUUUAUUCUCAGCGCGCGCGUUAAAGCCUUUAACCAGGCGCUUAAAUCCAGAGGAGUGAGUGAUGGGAAGCGUAAUUAAUUCUCGCUGGUGAUGACUGAGAGUUUGCUGAGAUUCUGAGCCUCUGCCCCAUGGGUGGAGUUUCUCUUCUCCAUAUUCAGGAGCUGGGAGGCUGCUGGGAGCCCCCUGCGCUCGGACGUAUAAAGAGAGCCCCUUAAGGUCCCUUUAAGACGAGACAAAUGAAUCAGCUGGUCCAAGCACUGCGAAACAGCCAGACACCUAUGGUGAGUUUCGAGGAGCCUGAGGAGAGAAGCGAGGCCAGCGGAUGAUGAUGAUGAUGGAAUACAUGACGGACAAGUUCCCCAUGAAAAGUGAAGCGAUUAAGGGCAGUGAGUUCUACAUGGGAGCGGGCAGCACGCUGGAGCAGGUGAUGGAGAGUUUAGAGAGCGUGCAGUACUACGACAAGACUUCACCCAAGUGCGUACACUCCUACUCCCUCCAGAGCAGCGAGCAGCACAGCAGAAUGGACAGGGCCUCGCCGUGUGACAACCAAAACAAUCCCGCGUACCGCGCGCCCGAGGCGGACGAGGAGAGCUCGCGUGCCCCCGAGAGCCGCGAGCGCAGCGACGUGGACGAGCUGACGGAGAAAGCGGACAGUAACGUGUCCAGCAGCAAAAAGCGGCGCCACCGGACCACCUUCACGAGCGCGCAGCUCGAGGAGCUCGAGAAGGUCUUCCAGAAAACCCACUACCCAGAUGUGUACGUGAGAGAGCAGCUGGCCAUGAGGACGGAGCUGACCGAGGCCAGAGUGCAGGUCUGGUUCCAGAACCGCAGGGCUAAGUGGAGGAAGAGGGAGCGGUAUGGACACCUGCAGCAGCCCAAAGGCCCUUACAGCAACACAUAUGAGCUCACAGCCUUACCCAGAACAGACACCUACUCACAGAUUCCCAACAACUUGUGGACGGCUUCAGCCCCUGGUGGCUCCGUGGUGUCGUCCUGCAUGAUCCCACGAGGUUCCCCGCCUUGUGUGCCCUCCCCGUAUCCCCAUUCUCCUCGAGCCCCCGAGCACAGUUACAUGGGCUUCCCCAACCACCAGCAGAACCAGUUUGGUGUCAAUCACGUCUCCCUCAACAACUUCUUUGCUGAUUCGCUCUUGGCCCCAGCGCCCAAUGGGCACGCAGCGUUUGAGAGCAAGCCUGAAUUUGAGCGCCGGUCCUCCAGUAUCGCUGUCUUGAGGAUGAAAGCCAAAGAGCACACGGCCAACAUCUCCUGGGCCAUGUGAGCCCCUCCGUCAGACUCUCGUUCAUAGUAGCCUUUAAAAGAGUAACUUUAAUGUAUUAAUAGAGACACAAAUGUGGACCUUGUGCUUCUUAAGAAGGACUCCCUGCUCUUUGAGCUCUUCAUUGUCUAAAAGGAUGAUCCUUUCGAAGAUCCUCAGAAUUCCAGAACACCAUCCUCACUCACACUUUGAACUACUUGGAAAUAGAAGUUAGCUGUAGUUUAUGAAAGAGUCUCUAGAAACACUUUAUGAUGCAAUAAUGUGCCUUAUUAGCGCUGACGCACUUACGGUGAUGUGAAACAGUGGCAUGGUGAGCAGGAGGAGAUUAACAGGAUUCUGAUUCUCAGGACUCGGAGCAGAGGUGAUGUCUCUGACGUACUAACAUUUUAUUUGUGUGCUUUGAAGCAAAGCUGUGUUCAGCUCAGCACUGUGGCUGGCCUGAACUCUCUGCCACAAACAGAGGAGUACUUCAUCCUCUGUGGUAACAUUUUUUUUCAAUAAAAAUAUUUCAUGAAAUUA